UUUCUAUCGUACAUAAGAUAGUCAAACUCUCUCCCGCGUCAAAUGCAUCCCCUGCUCUCCUUCUUACAACCACCAUACCAAAACCCUAGCACUAAUCUACUCUACUCUACUAUGCUCUCCCUAACCUACUUCCCUCUCUCUCCUCCCCUCAUCACCAGUCCCACUCUCUCUCCUCUCCCACCCCUCCUCCUCCGCCUCCACCACCGCACCGUCUCCCGCCUCCUCUGCUCCGCCGCCCAGAAUGUUGCAAUAGACGAUUUCGUCGGGGGAAGAGUGGAGGAAGACGACGUCGUCAGCCUGCCGGCGGGGCUGAGGUGGGAGGCGAUGCCGGAACACGUGGCGGUGAUCAUGGACGGGAACAGGAGGUGGGCCCGGACGAGGGGGUUGCCGGUUGUGGCGGGUUACGAAGCGGGGUUGAGGGCGCUGAAGGGGAUGGUGGAGCUGUGUUGCAGGUGGGGGAUUAGGGUUCUUACCGUCUUCGCUUUCUCUUCUGAUAACUGGCUUCGACCCAAGGUAGAAGUAGGGUUCUUGAUGAGGUUACUUGAAAGAGGAAUGAAGGAUGAAGUAAACAAUUUCAUGAGGGAUAAUAUUCGGUUUUCUUGUAUCGGGGAUACAUCGAAGCUCCCAGAUUCAGUGAAGGAACUGAUAACCUAUGCUGAGGAGAGGACAAAGCAUAAUUCAGGACUCCAAUUGAUUGUAGCAGUUAGCUACAGUGGCAAAUAUGACAUUGUGCAAGCAUGUCAAAGCAUUGCUUUGAAAGUUAAAGAUGGUGUUAUUGAACCUGAAGACAUUAAUGAGUUUCUAAUAGAGCAGGAAUUGCAAACAAACUGUGCAGAGAUGCCAAACCCUGAUCUACUUAUACGAACUAGUGGCGAGCUUAGAGUUAGCAACUUUUUGCUGUGGCAGUUGGCAUAUACUGAGUUGUACUUCACCCAAUCGCAUUGGCCUGAUUUUGGAGAAACCGAAUUUGUAAUGGCUUUACGAUCCUUUCAGCAAAGGCAGAGACGAUAUGGUGAGCGAGAUUCUUGAAUUACAAUACCUACCAUACCAACCUUUCUUGUUAUUGUGGAAGUAGAGUACAGAGAUUGACAAAACUGUGGGUGCAUUUGGAAUCGAACUGAAGGAGCAUUAGCUUUUGGUUGCUCUGGAAUCAGUAAUUUUUUGGAAAGAGAUAAACAGUUCGGUGUCCAAAUGAGAUGUCACAGCUAAAGCAGUCUAUCAUGCAAUUCCUGAUUCCUUAUGAAUGAAGGAUGUCUUCUGGGAAUAAGAUAAUAUUGCGCUUGAAAUACCUGGGGUCUGGAAAUUAACUACUACUCAGCAUCAGGGUUGAUGCACAGAUUGAAGAUUGCUUCAGAAUGACUCGUGAGGAUAUCGUGCGGAAAUUCACAUGUCCAUCAACCAAGAAUAGCUAUUGGAAGGAGUCUAUCAGAAAUCAGAAAAGUUGUUAUCCGGGAAAAAUCUAGUCCCGAAGGCACUCUAUACGGUUACAGAUUCAUAAUUUUGUUUUUUUCAACACGAAAAGCCUCCGUGUACUUUUUCCGAACAUGUUCGAAGAUACAACAAAGGGUUGGUCCUAGUUUACUCUACAAACUGAUAUCGAGGUACAAAUGUCGGUCCAUUCUAUUUUUUCAUCUUCUUCUUCUUGUUAUCCUGUGCCUCACUUAAUCUUGUACAUAAUACUUGCUCAUCAGAAAUAUGGAGGUGUUCGAGAGCGAUUAUUUUUGAGAUUGUUUGUAGAUUAUAACAAUUCCAGAAAUGCAGUGAAUUUGCUUCUCUCUUUUGUUUU